UCUCUGCUCACUCCAGAAUCAUCCACUCACACUAUAGUGCUAUGGCAGAGCUCCAGUAGCCUUUCCACGGCGCUGUGUCCUGCUUGUUACUACCGGAGCCGAUGAAUUCAAAAGCGUCGUUCGAGAGCCAGCCUGCGUUCGUCGCCCUACAAAGCUGUGGAGCAGCGAUACCGAGCGGCUAAAGUCUCCUCUGUGUGUGUGAGUGUGUGUACUCACUCACACAACACACGCUCACAAAAGAGGAAAACUAUGCCAGCAGCAUCAAAGUCACUGCCCCUGCUGACUUGCCAGCUUGUUGGUCAGACGAUUGUGUCCCCCACUAGCGUCUCUGUCCACACUGGCAGAUCCAUGCUGCUGGAUGCUCCUCACAGAGCCACACCCGCACCAUGAGCGCCAACGGGCCCACCCCGGACCCAGCCCCUACAGCCCCAGAAGCCCCUCCGACUUCGACCUCUACCCCUGCACCUGCUCCGGCUCCGGCUCCGGCUCCAGCUCCAGCACCUGCAGCGCAAGCUGCUCCACCUGCCCAGCCUGCCCCACCUGCCCCGACGUCCUCGACCAUCCCGGUGGGUGCAUUGGCACAGAAGAAGCGGCAGCAGUAUGCCAAAAGCAAGAAGCAGGGCAGUAACGCCAACAGCAGGCCGCCAAGGGCUCUGUUCUGCCUCAACCUCAACAACCCCAUACGUAGAGCCUGCAUCAGCCUGGUGGAGUGGAAACCAUUUGAUAUAUUUAUACUCAUUGCUAUCUUUGCCAACUGUAUGGCCUUAGCUGUCUACGUCCCUUUCCCCGAAGACGAUUCCAACUCCACAAACCACGACCUGGAGACAGUCGAGUAUGCCUUCCUCAUCAUUUUCACAAUCGAGACUUUUCUGAAGAUUAUCGCUUACGGUUUGGUGAUGCAUCAGAAUGCCUACGUGAGAAACGGUUGGAACAUGCUGGAUUUCGUCAUCGUUGUCAUCGGACUCUUCAGUGUUGUCUUAGAGAUUCUGACCAAAGAUGAGAAGGCAGAGGCUGAAGGAGAGGAAGACCACUCAACCAUGCAUGGACAUGGUGGUAAACCCGGCGGAUUUGACGUUAAAGCCCUCCGAGCCUUCCGUGUGCUGCGACCCUUGCGGUUGGUCUCAGGAGUACCCAGUUUACAAGUGGUGUUGAACUCCAUCAUUAAAGCCAUGGUCCCUCUCCUUCAUAUUGCUCUCCUGGUCUUGUUUGUCAUCAUCAUCUAUGCUAUUAUUGGCCUGGAGCUUUUCAUCGGUAAAAUGCACGCCACCUGUUACCUUCCUGGCUCAGGCAUGUUAGCAGAGGAGGAUCCCGCUCCAUGUGCGAUCUCAGGGCACGGGCGGCAAUGCCCCAUCAAUGGCACCGAGUGCAGGGAAGGCUGGCAAGGCCCCAACGGUGGUAUCACCAACUUCGACAACUUCCUGUUCGCCAUGCUGACGGUGUUCCAGUGCAUAACCAUGGAGGGCUGGACGGAUGUGCUGUAUUGGAUGAACGAUGCUAUGGGCUUUGAGCUUCCAUGGGUGUACUUUGUCAGUCUUGUGAUCUUCGGCUCCUUUUUCGUUCUUAACCUGGUUUUGGGUGUGUUGAGCGGAGAGUUCUCCAAGGAGAGAGAGAAAGCCAAAGCUCGUGGAGACUUUCAGAAGCUGCGUGAGAAGCAGCAACUGGAGGAGGACCUGAAAGGUUACCUGGACUGGAUCACUCAGGCUGAAGACAUCGACCCUGACAACGAGGACGAGGCGGAAGAGGAGUGUAAACGCAACCGGCUGACUCUGGCUGACCUUACUGAGAAGAAGAAAGGAAGGUUUGGGUGGUUCAGCCAGUCAUCCGACACUCAUGCGAGCGUUCCAGCCAGCGAAACGGAAUCUGUCAACACUGAGAACCAAAACGUGGAGGAUGAAAAGACGCCAUGCUGUGGACCACUGUGUCAAAAAAUUUCAAAGUCAAAGUUCAGUCGGCGCUGGCGUCGCUGGAACAGGUUCUGCCGCAGAAAGUGCCGGUUGGCUGUCAAAUCGGUGCCUUUCUACUGGCUGGUCAUCAUCUUGGUGUUUCUCAACACUCUUACCAUAUCGUCAGAACACUACAACCAACCCUUGUGGCUGACGCAAGUGCAGGAUGUGGCCAACAAGGUGCUCUUAGCUCUGUUCACUUGCGAGAUGUUGGUAAAGAUGUACAGUCUGGGCCUGCAGGCCUACUUUGUGUCGCUCUUCAACCGCUUCGACUGCUUUGUGGUGUGCGGAGGAAUCACCGAGACCAUCCUGGUGGAGCUGGAGAUCAUGUCGCCCCUCGGGAUCUCCGUGUUCCGCUGUGUGCGCUUGCUGAGGAUUUUCAAAGUCACACGUCACUGGCAGUCACUCAGCAACUUGGUGGCUUCUCUCCUUAACUCCAUGAAGUCCAUCGCUUCCCUGCUGCUGCUGCUCUUCCUCUUCAUCAUCAUCUUCUCCCUGCUGGGCAUGCAGGUGUUUGGUGGAAAGUUCAACUUUGACGAGACCCAAACCAAGAGGAGCACCUUUGACAACUUCCCCCAAGCUCUACUUACCGUCUUUCAGAUCUUGACCGGAGAAGACUGGAACGCUGUGAUGUACGACGGGAUCAUGGCGUACGGAGGUCCUUCCUCUUCGGGGAUGAUCGUGUGCUUUUACUUCAUCAUCCUCUUCAUCUGCGGAAACUAUAUCCUCCUGAAUGUCUUCUUGGCUAUUGCUGUGGACAACUUGGCAGAUGCAGAGUCUCUCAACACGGAUGAAGCAGAUAAAAAAGGGGACAAGAAGGAUGAGAAAGAUGAGAAGGACGAAGAGGAGGACAACGACGACACUGCAGCAGAAGAGGAAGACCCAGAAGUCCCAACAGGACCUCGGCCGGCCAUCUCCGACUUGGUAAAGAAGGAGAAGAUCACGCCGAUCCCAGAGGGAAGUGCCUUCUUCAUCUUCAGCAACACUAACCCGGUCCGCGUGUUUUGCCACAAGCUCAUCAAUCACCACAUCUUCACCAACCUCAUCCUUGUCUUCAUCAUGCUCAGCUCUGUCUCGCUUGCUGCCGAGGAUCCCAUCAGAAACUUCUCCGCUCGCAAUAUCAUACUUGGUUACUUUGACUAUGCUUUCACGGCUAUCUUUACUGUUGAGAUCGUUUUGAAGGUCCUAGGCUAUGCAGAUUAUGUCUUCACUAGUAUGUUUACAUUUGAGAUCAUAUUGAAGAUGACGACAUACGGAGCUUUUCUCCAUAAAGGAGCUUUCUGCAGGAAUUACUUCAACCUUCUGGACUUGUUAGUGGUGGGAGUGUCUUUAGUCUCCUUUGGCAUACAGUCGUCUGCCAUCUCAGUGGUGAAGAUUCUCAGGGUCCUUCGUGUCCUGAGACCCUUGAGAGCCAUUAACCGAGCCAAAGGCCUAAAGCACGUGGUGCAGUGUGUGUUUGUGGCCAUCAGAACCAUUGGGAACAUCAUGAUUGUCACCACUCUGCUGCAGUUCAUGUUUGCCUGCAUUGGGGUGCAGCUCUUCAAGGGAAAGUUCUACCGCUGCACAGAUGAAGCCAAGUCGAGCCCAGAGGAGUGCAAAGGCACCUACAUCCUGUAUAAGGACGGCGAUGUGAACCAGCCCACCAUCCACAAACGAGUGUGGCACAACAGCGACUUCAACUUUGACAACGUGCUCAUGGCCAUGAUGGCUCUCUUCACUGUGUCCACAUUUGAAGGCUGGCCUGCGUUACUUUACAAGGCCAUCGACUCCAACAGGGAGAACCUGGGGCCCAUUUACAACUACCGUGUGGAGAUCUCUAUCUUCUUCAUCAUCUACAUCAUCAUCAUUGCCUUCUUCAUGAUGAACAUAUUCGUGGGUUUUGUGAUCGUCACAUUUCAGGAGCAAGGAGAGAAAGAGUACAAGAACUGCGAACUUGACAAAAACCAGCGUCAGUGUGUGGAGUACGCCCUGAAGGCCCGUCCUCUGAGGAGGUACAUCCCCAAGAACCCGUACCAGUACAAGUUCUGGUAUGUGGUCAACUCUACCGGCUUUGAGUACAUCAUGUUUGUGCUCAUCAUGCUCAACACACUCUGCCUGGCGGUCCAGCACUACGGCCAGUCGGCACUCUUUAACUACGUCAUGGACAUCCUCAACAUGGUCUUCACGACUGUUUUCACUGUGGAAAUGGUUCUCAAGCUCAUUGCUUUUAAACCCAGGCACUAUUUCGCUGAUGCUUGGAACACGUUUGAUGCCUUAAUUGUCGUCGGUAGCGUUGUUGAUAUCGCUAUCACUGAAGUGAAUAACACGGAGGACAGCGCCCGCAUCUCCAUCACCUUCUUCCGUCUCUUCCGGGUCAUGCGACUCGUCAAGCUGCUCAGCCGAGGGGAGGGCAUCAGGACUCUUCUUUGGACCUUCAUCAAAUCCUUCCAGGCCCUGCCAUACGUCGCUCUCCUGAUAGCCAUGCUGUUCUUUAUCUAUGCUGUCAUCGGGAUGCAGGUCUUUGGGAAGAUUGCAAUGGUGGAUGGCACACACAUCAACCGAAACAACAACUUCCAGACCUUCCCUCAGGCCGUGCUCCUCCUCUUCAGGUGUGCCACCGGGGAGGCGUGGCAAGAGAUCAUGUUGGCCUGCAUGCCGGGGAAGCUGUGUGACCCCGAGUCAGACUACAACCCCGGCGAGGAGAUGACAUGUGGCAGCGGAUUUGCAAUAAUUUACUUCAUUACUUUCUACAUGCUGUGCGCCUUCUUGAUUAUCAACUUGUUUGUGGCCGUCAUAAUGGACAACUUUGACUAUCUGACAAGAGAUUGGUCCAUUCUGGGCCCACACCAUUUGGAUGAAUUCAAGAGAAUUUGGUCAGAGUAUGAUCCAGAGGCCAAGGGAAGAAUUAAGCAUCUUGAUGUGGUAACACUUCUUAGAAGAAUACAGCCUCCUCUUGGCUUUGGCAAACUGUGUCCUCACCGAGUGGCUUGCAAGAGGCUGGUGGCUAUGAAUAUGCCUCUGAACAGCGAUGGCACGGUCAUGUUCAACGCUACUCUCUUUGCCCUGGUGCGAACAGCCCUGAAGAUAAAAACCGAAGGUAAUCUGGAACAAGCUAACGAGGAGCUUCGGGCUGUCAUCAAGAAAAUCUGGAAGAGAACUAGUAUGAAGCUGCUGGAUCAAGUAGUGCCCCCUGCUGGUGAUGAUGAGGUAACCGUGGGGAAGUUCUAUGCCACCUUCCUGAUACAGGACUACUUUAGGAAAUUCAAGAAACGUAAAGAGGAAGGCCUGGUGGGUGCGCACCCCUCCCAGAACAGCACGGCCAUCGCACUGCAGGCUGGCCUCCGCACGCUCCAUGAUAUUGGGCCCGAAAUACGCCGAGCGAUAUCAUGUGACCUGCAGGAUGACGAACUAAUAGACUUUAUACCAGAGGAAGACGAGGAAAUUUAUAGGCGUAAUGGCGGACUCUUUGGCAACCACCUCAUGAACGGAGGUCAUCGGCGGUCCAAUGGCCACCAGACCAACGCCACGCAGCGUCCCCUGCAAGUGCAGCCGCCGCCUCACUACGCUCACAUGGAGCAACCAGUCGGGCGGCUGUCUCGAGCCAACGCCAUGUCCCACGGCAACCACCGUCACCACCACCACCACCAUCACCACCACCACCGCCACCACAACAACUCCUACGGCAAGUCUCCCAAAUCCACCAACAUCAACCUCAACAACGCCAACAAGUCCAGUCUACCCAACGGUGGGCACCAUCGCUACUAUGAACACGCCCCUCCCAACGGGUACUCGGGACAUUGUGGCUCCUACUAUGACUAUGAAAAGCCUCAUACUCCACAAGCUCAAAGAAGGCGCUACUAUGAGACCUAUGUUAGGUCCAAUGGUGGGGACAGACGCCACCCCACCAUCCGCAGAGAGGAGGAGUUGGAUGAAGACCGCCUUUCUGGCGUGUAUUACAGCGGGGAGGAGUUUUAUGAAGACGACAGCAUGCUGUCAGGGGACAGGUACCAGAACAGCGACACAGAGUAUGAGACUCCCAAAGGCUACCAUCACCCUGACGGCUACUAUGACGACGAUGAGCAGCCUCUCUACCACGACUCCAGGAGGUCACCUAAAAGACGCUUGCUGCCUGCCACACCUCAAGGUCACAGGAGGCCGUCUUUCAACUUUGAGUGUCUGCGCAGACAGGGCAGCCAAGAUGAGCUUCCACAUCAGCGCACUGCCCUACCACUGCACCUUAUGCAGCAGCAGGUCAUGGCCGUAGCAGGACUGGACUCCAGCAGAGCCCACCGCCUUUCCCCGACACGCUCCACCCGCUCCUGGGCCACACCCCCUGCCACCCCAGCCAGUAAAGACCAAUCGCCGUACUACACCCCACUCAUCCGCGUGGACCGCCCGAACAGGGAGAGCAUCGCCAGCAGCCACGUGUCGGUGCGCAACAGCUCCUGGUACACGGACGACCCCGACUUCUCGCAGAGGACGUACUCGCCCAUUCACCUGCAUGUGCCGCCUGAGUACCACAACCAGUACCACCAUAAGAGAGGCAGCGCCACCAGCCUGGUAGAAGCGGUUUUAAUAUCAGAAGGACUCGGGAGGUACGCCAAGGAUCCCAAGUUCGUUGCCGCCACCAAGCACGAGAUAGCGGACGCCUGCGAGAUGACCAUAGACGAGAUGGAGAGCGCCGCCAGCCACCUGCUUAACGGCGGCAUGGCGCCGGUUAUCAACGGCGUCAAUGUGUUCCCUCUCCUGACUGCGGGGGGCUACGAGCCGCAGGACCCGGCGGCCAGCUACAGCGACGAGGAGCCGGAGACGGAACCUAGGGCUCCCUAUGAGGAGGACCUGGCAGACGAGAUGAUUUGCAUCACGACUUUAUAGCAGGAGACGCUAGAAUCAGUGAAACUAAGACACGUCGUAUUCUUAGGCUUUGACCCAAAGAAGUGCCUUCAACACUGAGGAGGGAAGGCGGGGAGGAAAAAAACACGCCAGGAAAGUUCUCUUCCUGCCAGCGAAGGACGUCACUGCACCAAGGAGGCCGACCUGACCUUCCUGUCAAAGGGCUUGGCCUGGGGGUCCGGGCAGCGAGCAGCGAGGGCUGCUCUGAUCAGGUGAUGACAAUCAAAUGAACGAUGUCAUUACCUCAGUCACUUUAUUAGGGUUUGGCAUAUCAUGCAAGUUUUCAAUGCAAACAUACAAAGGUGUACCCCCCCACCCCCUACACACACACACACGCACACACACACACACACACACACACACACACACACACACACACAGUCUUUCUCUUCCUUUAGUCUCAUUGGAUCCCCUCGUCAUGUGACUCCUGCUCCCAACAUGGUACAUGUUACUUCUGAGGCGUUUGUGAUAAAAGCUCGAGCAGGCAAGUUGUUUGAGGAAUAUUUCCUAGCUGUAAAUUGUACAAUAUGCUGACAAGAGAUAUUCUAUAUUUUCUAAUGAUCUAUCCUUUAAAAAGAUCAGCAAUAUGCACCAUACUGAUGUGCUACAAUGCCCAUUUCGUUUUAGUUUCUGUCCUAAUCAAGAUGUCUUUGAGGUUUGGCAUGUGUGACAAGUGCACAAGCGAAUGAAUAGGACUUCUACGCACAAGUGUCGUUGUACUGUGGAACCUCCAAAGGGUUUUGUCACAAUUACGACUUGUCCAGAACUCAUUCCAGGGUCAAACUAUUUACUUUUUUCUAACUUCAGUAAUUAACUGUACCGGCGUUUAAGAAAAGGAAAAGAAAGUAAAACCCCACACACAAUGAUGACGCCUGAACAGUGUUAGAAAAAACAACGUUACAUAAUAGCUCAUUACAUUUAAUAGUUACGAGUAAUCUAAUUAUUUACUUUUACAUACAUAACAACGCUUUUACUGAUACGUUUGAUGUAAGUUCUAUGUCAACAAGACAGCAUCAGAAGCCCAGCGAGUUCAAUGCAGGAAGUCAAUUUUUAUUAAUGAAAGCAACAACCAGCACCACAUUAAAAUAAACUUGAUAUUAAAUAGGAAGAGGCAACAUCACACAGCAAACAACACACAACAUGUAAACAGACACUCACAGGCACACACUCCUACUACUACCACUACGAGGAAAUAAUAAAACAAAAAAAUCAGUGAUUGAAGUGACAAGCUUGCAAUCGUACCGUUUGUGGACAAGGAGACUACAGCCAUCAAUCUGUAGCGCUAACACAAUCUAGUGAAAAUGUUCAACACUGCUCGCAAAGUGCCGCUGCUAAGCUAACAAACACAACUGAGCUAAAAUUCUGCUCUGUCUGAGCGCGCUCUCGCUGAUGUCAUAUGUCAGUUUGCACUCUGCUUUCAUGAAACAUCUCUCAAAUGCAUAUGCUAGAUGUUUGAAGUAUUUUCCAAGUAACGCAUGAAUUAUUUUCCCUAGUCAAUAAUUACAUUAAUGCAAGAGUAUGUUAGUAAUUCAAUUACCUUUUUAAGUAAGUAACGAGUAACUAUAAUUACUUUAAAAAAAAUAAUUAUCUGAAAACUGCGCCUGACAGACAGGACAUGCAGUGAUAUUGCCACUUUGUGGUGUUUUGUAGGGUUAGGGGUGAGUUUUGACGCUUGGUUCAAACAAGUUUUGUUUGACUUCUGAGGUCAAUCAUCAUAGAAGAUUUUGCUUGAAUUCCGAAUAUUUGUCUCACUGUCAAAAAACAGUGAGACAUACCAAAGACUAUAAUAAGAAUAAUAAUAGGGAUUUAUAUUGCGCUUUUCUAAGUACCCAAAGUCGCUUUACAUGUAGAACCCAUCAUUCAUUCACACCUGGUGGUGGUAAGCUACUUUCAUAGCCACAGCUGCCCUGGGGUAGACUGACGGAAGCGUGGCUGCAAUUUGCGCCAACGGCCCCUCCGACCACCACCUAUCAUUUAUCAUUCAAUUCACCGGUGUGAGUGGCACCGGGGGCAAAGGGUGAAGUGUCCCGCCCAAGGACACAACGGCAGCGAUUUUUUGGAUGGUAAGAGGCAGGGAGCGAACCUGCAACCCUCAGGUUUCUGGCACGGUUGCUCUACCCACUACGCCAUGCCGCCGCAUGGCGACCAAUUACCCGCUUGCUUGGCACUCAGCAUCAAGGGUUGGAAUUGGGGGUUAGAAAAUAAUUUUAAAGGUAUAAUAAACCUAAAACUAAGCAAAAUGUAAUAAUUUUAUUCAGAGGUGUGUUUUUGGUGUGAUACUAGUGGUGUCUUGUAGGUACUGCUGGAGUAAAGAAGUAUGUGUCCAAAAAAACUUGCUAAGCUGAAGUCUGACAAUUCUCAAAGAACUUUGCUUGGUUCAAUCAAGUUUUGGUCAUUUCAAGAUUUAAUCUAACCUUCACCAUUUUUAAAACCUUUAUGAAUCUCACAGGUAUUGUUUUACGUAACAUUUUCAACAUUCAGCAUAAAAAAAGUUAACCAGCUUGUGUGAAACAAUGUAAAAAUACUCCACCUUUGAAGACGCUGAACAGACUUUACGGAGACAGAACAGGAAAGUGUUUGCUGUGUGAUACUGCCAUCUGGUGGUGUUUUAUAAGUACUGCUGAAGUUGCGACGUACAAGUCCAAAAACAGACGACACACUGAGCCAGAGUCUGACAAAUCUCUCUCUUUUUAGACGAUGCUUGGUUCUACCAAGUUUUGUUUGACUUUGAAGGCAAAAUGACCGUUGGAUUUCAAGUUGUUCAACUUUACUUUGAAGGUUCCACUGUAAGUAAAGACACACGCAAUGAAAACAUUAGUUUUAUUCAUUUACAGAAUAAAAUGCUGCUUUUUUCUGCGUUUUUAAAAAACUAAGUUUAGUUGCUGAGAUUUGCUGCAGUAAGAACUAAAUGAAAAUAGUAGAGUAUAAAAUAUUAUUUAAAGCUGGUCCUUAAAGACUUUCUAUGAAGGAACUUGUUCUGUCAAAUGUUGGAGAGACGCUAAGCAAUACAAAAAGAUGGACCCCCAUUCCCAGACUCCCUCCCCCCUGAUCCCCCCUUUCAGUCUGGGCCCACCUGGCGCCGAUUUUACCUCGUUUGGCGGAGGUGACAACAUAUCACUGUGUAAUGUCUCACAGUUUUCCACAGGGGGAGUCACAGAAGAAAAAAAAACAGGGUUGAAUUCACAUGGACGAUGUUCUAGAAUACUCGGAGAUGCUAACUUAUUAAGGACGCUAACUUGUUAUGAUCAAUGAUGCUAACGACAGUAGGUUUUGUCGUCACUAAUGUUUCUUUCAUCCGUCCUUCACCGUUGAUGUGCUGUACGCUCAUUUAAGGUUGCGUUCACACUCGGCAUGUUUGCUUUGGUUAAAAGGAACUGCAGUCCGUUUGCUCUGCUGCUGUUCACCAAACACCCUGGUUUGGUUUGGUUUGGUUUGGUUUGGUUCACUUCAGCUCAAAUGUGAAAACUGUACACGGACCGUAGACUGAGGUCAAUGUUAAAAUGACAAAAAAAAAGUCCAAAUUAUACAAGAAUAAAGCAAAAUAUUACAAAACUAAAAUCACAUUUUAAUAUUACAAGGAAAAACGUUUAGAUUUUUUUCUGAUAAAUUAUUUUUCAGUUUUAUAAAACAAGUUUUAAAAUGAAAAGAUAAAUGAUAAAUGGAUUGUACUUGUAUAGCGCUUUUCUACCUUCAAGGUACUCAAAGCGCUUUGACACUACUUCCACAUUUACCCAUUCACACACACAUUCACACACUGAUGGAGCAAACCCAUCAGGAGCAAGGGUGAAGUGUCUUGCUCAGGACACAACGGACAUGACGAGGUUGGUACUAGGUGGGGAUUGAACCAGGGACCCUCGGGUCGCGCACGGCCAUUCUUCCACUGCACCAAAGAUGAGUCAUAAUUUUACAAGAAAAAGUCAAUUUUACAAGAAAAAAGUCAUAAUAUUACAAGAAAAAGUCAUAAUUAAAAUAUACGUUUCAAGACUAAACGUGUUUCAUUACAUCUGAAUAGAAAAAAAAACGACAUUGAAUUUUUUAACAACAAAAAGUAAAAAUUGUACCACAAAAAGUGAUAACAUUAGUGAAGUGAAGUGAAUUACAUUUAUAUAGCACUUUUUCUCAAGUGACUCAAAGCGCUUUACAUUGUGAAACCCAAUAUCUAAGUUACAUUUAAACCAGUGUGGGUGGCACUGGGAGCAGGUGGGUAAAGUGUCUUGCCCAAGGACACAACGGCAGUGACUAGGAUGGCGGAAGCGGGAAUCGAACCUGCAACCCUCAAGUUGCUGGCAUGGCCGCUCUACCAACCGAGCCAUACCGCCCCACAUUACUUAAAAGUCAUGAUUUUACAAGGAUAAGGGAAAAAUAGUAUGAUGCUAAUGAUGUAAUAUUAAAGGAAUAAUUACAUACAUUUGCUAGAUAUUUUUUUAUGUUUAAAAAAAUUGCAAGACAACAAUUCUAAAGUUAUCUCACAACAAAUUAUUGUAAUAAAAAAUUGUGAUAAUGAAACAAAAAAGUAGAAUUUUUACCAAAAAGUUGUAAUUUUACAAGAAUAAAGGCACUAAUAUGAGAAUAAUGACAUAAUAUCACAAGACAACGCUGUGAAUUCCUAAGAAAAAAAUGUAAUUUUAAAAGAACGGGUCAAAAAACAUGUCAUUACAAACAUUAAAAAAAAUGCUAUUUUUAAAAUAAAUAAAAAAUGCUAUUUUUAAAAUUAAAAAAAUACUAUUUUAUUUACAAAGAAAUGUAAUAUAAAAACAAAACAAAAAUCGAAUUUUACAAGAAUAAAUGCAAAAUUAUUAUGAGAGUAAAAAUUUAAGCAGCAAACUGGGCAGCCUCGGAUCAGAUAGGCAAAUGUGCAGAUUUGAAAUCAGCAAUUUUUACUUCAGAAAAUGUUAAAUACGAUAAGACAAAACACAUUCAUAAAGUUAAUUGACAAAUAUCAAUAUUUAUAAUUUUUUGUAUUUGUUAUUAUAUUUUCCAACAUAAGUGAGGCUCUGCAUGUCAACCUAAAACAAACUUAUUUUUGUUUGUUUACCGAAGCACAAGUGUGAACGCAGCCCGACUGACUAGAUGUAGAUUUUGUUUCCAUUUUGUGUGCACAUUGAAAGGGCUCUUUGAAUUGUUGUCAGUUUAAAAAACAAAACAAGCAAAAUUGUGUUUUCCGCAAAAAGGACAGCACAUGAAGCGGCACAUCGUACAUUCGUAGCAACUGAUGAAGUGAAGAUAUGCAUUUUUUGUAAAAGUUACACUAAAGAUGAAAAUAACUUUUACCUCAUGUCAGGAAUUCCUGAAGAAGAAGAAAAAAAAAAAGAGUGCACGGUGACUACCAAUAUUUCAAUAUUAGCACAUUGCUGUUUGUCUUUGCACAAGUAAUAACUGUAUAGUGCUUUUCUUCCUCCUUUUCUAAACUCAUUUGUGUUUUACGGUGACCACUUUUUUGUACUCUUUUUGUGACGUAAUAUUACAUGACAUGCUUUAGUGGACACUCACAGUCAUCCUGCAGAAAAAAAUUGGAGAGCCUCGUGCUCUGCUGGGGGGGCAAAAGAAAAUAACCAGUUUACAGACAAACCUGACGUUUAUGUCACCUGCGCCCAAACACUGACGUGAUCCACAACACAUAAACGCCAUUAAACCAUAGCAACGGUAAAAUGAGGCGAUCACAUAAACGCUGCAGGAUAAAAAAAAAACGCGGCAUCUGCCAGAAAAUAUGCACAAAACCCAGAAAACUACUGCAUAAGAGAAAUGCUGCAUGUUGACGGAACAAAAGUCAGCCAGGCUAACACAAAGUUACUCGUGUACCAGGAAGUUAGUCUGGCUAUUAGAAAGUUAAGCAAGCUGCCAAACUAUCAGGCAAUUAGUCUUACAACCAGUAAUUUCACCAUGUUACCAGGAACCUGCUUGGCACUCAGCAUCAAGAGUUGGAAUUGGGGGUUAAAUCACCAAAAUGAUUCCCGGGCGCGGCCACCGCUGCUGCUCACUGCUCCCCUCACCUCACAGGGGGUGAUCAAGGGAUGGGUUCAAAUGCAUAGGACAAAUUUCACCACACCUAGUGUGUGUGUGACAAUCAUUGGUACUUUACCUAACUUAAUUUAAAUUUACUAGGUUACCGAAAUUAACCAACUUACCAGGAAAGUAAUCUGGUGACCAGGAAGUUAGUCAGUCUGCCAGGAAGUUAACCAAGCUAUCAGGAAUCAAACCAAACAACUGGCAAACAGUAAGUUGGUCAGGUAAUCAGAAAGUUGGUCUGGUUGCUAGUUAUUGUUUAUUGGUAGUCUUUGGUUUUCAUCUGCAAACUUGCAGCAUUUUUGUCACAAACUUGUUUUAUUUGUUUGUUUGUGUUUCUGGCAUUUGCAGACAUUUUUCUUUUGCAUCUUUUAAAAAUCCUGCAGCGUUUAUGUGAUUAUUAGCACUUUUCAUUUGCGCUCGUUUCGUGGUGUUUGUGGAUCAUUUCUGUUUGGACGUUGCGUCAUGUUUGUCUCUAUCGACCACCGUAGUUUUCUUCUUCAUAUGGUGAAAAAAAUAGGAUGAUUUUUCUUAAUGUUCUGUAUUAAAUAUAAGAUGUAAUAUAUGUAUAAAGUAUGGAGAAGACAGUCAUGUUCUCUACUUGAAAGUCUUGAUAUUUGCUCCUAAAUGUUUAUGGUUUUGUUUCCAUCAAUCUUAGUAGCAAAUGCUUUAAUAAAACCUUCAUGGUUUUGUAACAAAACAUGUUAUUGGUUUCAUUUGGGCCUCGUCUUUAUU